AUGGCGGCAUAUUUUUUAGAUCAUUUAAGCUCUCUUGUAUGCUAUCCUAAUGCAAAGCGCAACAGAAUGAAUGGCCUCAUCUAUCCCUCGUCCACAUGCAAUUGGAUUGAGGAAAGGAUUUUUAGACCUCCCAAUGAUGCCACUGCAGUUUCCCGUCGGUUGCAGCAGCGGGGAAUGGAUUUUUGCUUUCUCUCUCUUCCUGAUGGCCUCCCUCCUCACCACCCUCGCUUUCUUAUAAUUGAUGAGUUUUUCCAAGCGAUGCACAAGCUAGCCCCGGCUAUGGUUAAGCUCCUGCAAAUGAAGGAGGCACGGCGGCCCGAAAACCUCAUCACAAGUCUUUCAGAGAAAAUUCCGCCAUUACAGGGAACGGACCUGAUAAUUUACUUCAGAUACAAGUCCCAUCCUAUGUUUGAGAUCCUCUUGUACGAAUCGGACAUGCAGAAGAAGGUGGAUUAUAUGCUUGUCAACUCGAUUGAAGAGCUAGAAGGUUCCGAGGCCGUAGCAGAACUCUCCCAAACUUGUCCUGCUCUGGCCAUCGGCCCAGUCUUCCUCCCUGAGUCUCUCCAAGGCACUGAAAACUCUGUAAGCAUUUCUGCCAGCGUUUGGGAGGACGAUCCUAACUGCCUCAAGUGGCUUGAUACACAAGCCAUCUUCUAUUCUUUGCAUGAACUGCCUCUUGGGCUAGAGGCCAGCGAGCAGCCUUUUCUGUGGGUAUUGAGGAAUGAUAUUGCUGAUGGAAAGCCCGCAGUUUUGCCUGAAGGAUUUCUAGAAAGAGUUAAGGGUCGUGCUAUGUUUGUAAAUUGGGCACCGCAGUUGAAGGUGCUUUCUCAUCCAUCUGUGGGAGGGUUCUUGACCCAUAAUGGUUGGAACUCUACCAUGGAAAGAGUCCCUAUGAUCGGAUGGCCUCUGUGGGCAGAACAGUAUCAAAACUGCAGAUUUUGCAAAGAGAUAUGGAACAUAGCCAUCGAUAUCGAGUCUCGGCUAGAAGAUGACAGUGUGCUCGUAAGAAGAGAAGAGGUGGAGAAGGUCAUUCGAGUGCUGAUGAUAGGGUCUGAAGGGAAGGAAUUGAGAAAAAAUGUGUUGAAGCUGAAGGAAAUCAUCACUAAGGCUGUGAUGACAGGAGGUUCUUCCUCAAGAAAUUUGGAUAAAUUCGCACAAGACAUGAUCACAAGAGCCAGUUUGUUGCCUAGAUAA